CGGCAGUUGAAUCUCUGUCCAGGAAGACAAGGAGCAGCUCUUUCCACAGUGUACCGAUUUGUUAAGAAAGCUAGAAGACGAUCAUAUCUAGUAGAGCUUCGCACCAUGGAGAAGAAUAGAAGAGCUACAGGAUCGGUCAGCAGGAAGCGGGUGGGAGCAUUCGUCUGCUUCUCAUUGCGAUGCCUUUGCAGCCCGAUCGUCACUGCCAUGGGACUGGAGCGCGUGGAAACGAUUCCGGAGGUUGUACCGAUGCCCACAAUUGCAGCUACCCGGUCGCAGCGCUUUCCAUCCGCGGAAGAAAGGCUGAAGAUAUACAUGUCGAACUGGUAUGCUCCCAGCUGUCCGGGUUAUACAGAAGGUCUGGUUCGAUACGCCUACGAUAAACCGUCUACCGAAAAGCGAUGGACCAGCUUGAUCCUGCGCGAAAUGGAAGACCAGGCCAAUGCCACUACUUGGCAGUUCGAAAGCAUAAUAGCGCCCGACACGGCCUUCUUUCUGGACCGCGCUACGCUUAUGGACUGUCUCCGUGGAGAAACCGAAGGUUCUCCGGAGUUUGCCGAUCGAAUUGAAUUCCGCCACAAUAUGCACAUGUACUGCUCCGAUGUUGCGGACUCGGUCAUGACCGCUAUCGAUCAUGUGAGUUUGGAAGCGGGCAAACAAUCAACCGUCCCAACACUCCUGCAAUUCGGGGAUCUUCCACAUUCGCACGUGUUCCGCUUUCUAAAUAUUCCGGUCUUCAAAAAAUUUCGUACUGGGGCGACCCGCCUUGCCGUAGCAGAUUCCGUUGCCCCAACAUGCGUGGACGGGCCCCGUGCUGCGCUUGAAACCUUACAAAAGACGACCUACCGACAACCUAUUGUUUGGAAACUGGCCACCAAUCGCCACUACCGGCUAAUUCACAAAGUUUAUCGGGAAGACAUGCCUUGGGCAGGCAAAAGGAAUAUGGCUGUCUUUCGGGGCCAAUUGACGGGCUCUCUGACCUACAACAAGAGAGUUUCGGACGAAGAGAAUUGUAUGAGUAUGCGGCGUUGUCGUCUUGUGUACACGCACGCCAACAGUACCUUGGUAAACGCGCGACUAACAUCCACCCGCAACCGCCUACCCAACGUUUUGAACGGCGUUUCCCUCGUGGAGGAAUCAGUACCGCUUCGUAGAUUACUAUCUUUUAAAGCCAUUAUCAUGUUGGAAGGAAACGAUGUUGCAUCGGGUCUCAAAUGGGCGCUGCUAUCCCAGUCAGUGGUAUUGAUGCCGCCACCGAAGGUCACAUCCUGGGCACUAGAAGAAUUGCUGGAACCUUGGGUGCACUACAUUCCUCUCAGUCCCGACGCGAGUGAUCUUGAGGAGAAAAUGGCGUGGGUGAUUGACAACGACGAUAUCGCACAGACUAUCUCGGAACGAGGAACGCUGUGGAUGGAGGACUUGUGCUUUCAUCCAGAUGCCAACGAUGAUGAUAGAUGGAUUCAAGAGGAAAUGGUGCGUCGGUAUCGCAGCCAUUUCGUGGAAGCGAGAAAACCGUUGGAGUUGACUGCGUGAGUGACACCUUUGUAUAGCGCGCAAUCCUGGUUUAUCUCUACAGGGAAGUAACAUUCUGCUCAGAGGUUUGCAGCACCUGAGUAAAAUAGAAAUGCUUGUAUAUAGCUUCU